AUGGCACCUUCAGUCCUUCCGUACCGUGAUAUCAACCUACACGCCUCGUCAUCCCACUAUGCCUUCACGUCGCCGUCGUCGCCAAACGCCCCGGCUCUUGUCGUGGAUCGCCCAACCGGCGACCUGCGCCUUCACAGUGGCCCCCUGUCUGACGCAAAGCGGAUCUCCAGUAUCGCAGGUAUCCUGGGUAUCAUCAAAUUGAAACUAGAUAAAUACAUCAUAGUGAUCACCAAGGCCCAACCCAUGGGACGCUUACGCGGCCAUAUGGUCUACAAGGUCGCGGCGACAGAGUUCCUUCCCCUCCGCGAGCGUCCGCUCCACGAUCACGAUGAAGAUACGUAUCUGGCGCUGCUGAAAGAGCUCCUGCGGACCGGGCCGAUGUAUUUCUCCUACGCCCUGGAUCUUACCAACAGCUUCCAACGCCAGUCGCAAUGCGAUCCUACACUCCCCAUGUGGAAACGGGCUGAUGACCGAUUCUUCUGGAAUCGAUUCAUCCAGACGGAUUUGAUCGACUUCAGUCUCGGGGUUCAGGACUCGACAGGGAUGCGGUACAGCGGCCCCCAGCCGGGAGUUGAUCCUUUCAUUUUACCGGUGAUGUUCGGCAUGCUGCGCAUCACGCCUGCAAAGGUGAAGUCAACAUCAUUCACCUUCGCUCUUAUCACUCGCCGAUCCCGUCAUCGGGCUGGCACGAGAUACUUCUCACGGGGCAUAGACGAGAAGGGUAAUGUCUCGAACUACAACGAGACAGAACAGAUCGUCAUCCUGAAUGACGCUACUGGCGGGCUGUCCGGAUUCGCUGGAGGCCAAUCGAUGACUAAGGAUAAGGCCGGUAACCCCGGGAGCGUCCCGGUAUAUUGGGCCGAGGUCAACAACCUCAAGUAUACCCCAAAGCUGCAGGUCCGCGGUGUCGAGACUGCUCUGGAUGCUGCUCAGAAACAUUUCUCGGAGCAGAUUCGCCUCUAUGGAGAAAAUUAUCUUGUCAAUCUGGUGAACCAGAAGGGGAGAGAAGCACGGGUGAAAGAUGCAUACGAACAGUUAAUUCGCAUCAUCGUCUCCCCCUCCGCCGAAACCACCGAAAGGGACCAGGUAUCAUCAGAGAAGAUGCAUGUUUUAGAACCGGGGCAUCGACAAAAAGAACUGGAUCGUCUCCAUUACAUAUAUUUUGACUUCCACAACGAAACGAAGGGUCUGAAGUGGCACCGUGCAGAACUCUUGUUAGACCGCUUGAUCGGCGGGCUGAACGCAGGCGGCUACUUCCGCGGUGUGGAAGAUCCCACUGCUCCCAGCGGACAGCUUGACGCGCGCUCUGUACAGACCAGCGUCGUUAGGACCAACUGUAUGGAUUGCUUGGAUCGAACCAACGUCGUGCAAAGCAUGCUUGGACGGUGGGCCAUCACCCGUCAGCUGAUGGACGCUGGGGUUCUUCGGCCGGGUGAGGCAGCCAACGACGAUCGGGAUUUCGAAAACCUUUUCCGCAAUAUUUGGGCGGACAAUGCGGACGUUGUCUCCAAAUCAUACUCCGGCACUGGUGCGUUGAAAACGGACUUCACCCGUACUGGUCAGCGUACCCGAGCCGGAAUGUUGCAAGAUCUCAACAAUUCUAUCACGCGCUAUGUGCGCAACAACUUCCUAGAUGGCCCUCGACAGGAUGGGUUCGAUGUCUUCUUGGGUGCCUAUCUGCCGCCGGACUCUACGCUUGGAAACUUGCGACUCUUCCUGGAUCGCCGGCCUCUAAUUAUCCAGUCGAUCCCCUAUAUCCUUGCGGCCGGCGUUUUCAUGAUCAUGGUUUCUAUGUUCACUAGACGCUUGCCUGACGCAGCCGUGUGGCCGCUGCGGCUGUUCGUUAUCUUCUGGCUUGUCAUUUCUGCAUGGUGCGCUCGCUUCAUCAUUGCGCACGGAAUGCUAUAUGUCAACUGGCCCAAGUUGAACACGCCAGCAGCUGGCUCCGAAGGAUACCAGGACGCUUUGAUCAAGGCGCGCACCGACCCCAUUGUCGGGAAGUUCCUCCCUGUUAGAAGACACCAACGGGGCUAUAGCAACGCUCGGUUAGGCUUCUUGGAAGAAGGAAAAACGAGGAUCGAGUAA